AUGCCUCCUCCACCACAACAAAAGAAAGACGCAGACGAAGCAUCCGAAUACGACCCAACCCUCCUUUCCUCUCAGAGAGACUACCGUCUGACGACCACCGACUUCUAUCUAAAAAGAGGCCUCCCACAGCGUAUCCCAGACCAAUACCUGGCACACUCUACCAGUCCUAUCCUUGCUGCGGAAGAGAGGAAGCAGCGCGAGACUGUUCAGGGACAUAAGCGUCUCGUGGGUGUUGUGGUAAGCUCUGGAAAGAUGGAUAAGACGGUCAAGGUGCGGCUGCCCAAACAAAGGUGGAAUAAGCGAAUCCAUAAGUACUUCGCUACUCACGAGUCGCAUCUCGUCCACGACCCGAACAACUCCCUUCGCACCGGUGAUGUGGUUCAAUUGCACCGUCUCCGCGUCAGCACCAUUGUCCAUCAUGUGGUAGCCUCGAUCCUCAGUCCCUUUGGCUCUCCCAUCUCCGAGCGUCCACCUGUACCCACAGCGGACGACCGUCUUGCAAUGUACAAGAAGAAGCGAUUCGCAAAACUGCACCGCCGCGGCCUGCGCCGAGAGGCGGCGAAGGGCAACGCAGAUGCGAUUCAAGAACUUCGCAAGAUGGGCUUAGAGCCCGGCAAAGGUGUCGAGGCCGGGAAAGGAGAGACAGCGAAUCUGCAACGAGGAAUCGGCAAGAAGCGAACGCCUACACCAAAAGAUGGGGCAAUCUUAGGUGCCAAGGGGCAGAAAUUGCCAGAGGGUGUGCUGCCUGGAGGGAAGCAUGAGGUUGGGAAGAUCAAUGAGCGCGCGCAAGCCAACAAGGACAAGACGGCGAAACGGCAAGCGCAGACCGAGGAGAAUCUAGCUGAAGCGGACCGGAAGGGAGAGGAAUUGGCGGAGCAGGGUUUGGAGGCGGAGAGCGUGGUCGAGCAGGAGAGGCAAGGGCCAGUGUCAAGGAGAGAAGGCGUGAGAGAAAACGUCUAUGGGAGUCGGCCGUAG